UGCAAGCCAGUGCAAGCCACCUUUCCUUCCUCCGUGGGGCUCGCAGUGUGGUGCACGUUUCUUUUGCGAGGUAGGCUUGAGCGACUGCGGCUGCGUGUGACGGCGAGCUGUAAUAAUAGUAUAGAAAGUUCGGCCUUCUCGUUCUUUUGAAAUUUUUUUGGCGUACAGUAGUUGAGAUGGCUUUCAAAAAAAGUCCCGCCCAAGCUCAGAAGUCUAGCCCGAAAAGUGCCGGCCCGGCUGGAAAGAAGGCUCCUCCUACGAAGAAACCGUUAGCAGCGAGUCUAGAUGAUGAUGACGACGACUUGGAUGAGGAAGACGACGAUUUUUCUAUGGACGAAGACUCUGAUCUCAGCGGAGCUGAUGAAGAGCUUGACGAUGAGGAGCUUGAUGAUGAAGACCUCGAUGAGGAAGACCUCGAUGAUGAGGAGCUGGACGAUGAAGAACUUGACGAGGAGUCUGAAGAUGAGGAUGUGCCAGCACCGAAGGCCGCAAAACAAGAAGCUGCUACUGCAAAAAUACAAGGUCAGCAGCAGAAAAGUCCUGUGAAGCAGUCUCCGCAGAUGCCAAAGGAGAAAGUUCCUAUUGUCAAUGGCAAGCGUAAGGCAGAGUCUGACGCAGGAUCUUCUCCAGCAAAGAAGAUUCGAUUAGAAGAUCACAUUCCAGCAUCCUUUGUCACUGAUUAUGAGGCCCGAGACUUGUGCGAUGUCAAGCUGUCUUCAUUUACUGAUGGUGUUACAAGUGAUGAUGUCAAGAAGCUCUGCAAGGAUGGCUCUGUAAUGAGAGAAAUAGUUCAAAACAAGAAAAUUGUAUGUGCUUUUGUGCGAUAUGCCAACAAGGAAAAAGCUAUGGCAGCUGUGCGCUCACUGCAAGGGGCUAACCUAAAGGGAGCAUCCAUCAAGGCAUCGUAUUGUGGUGAACGAUGGAGCAAUCCAGCAUCGCGCCCUCAGUUCCAGCCUGACACAUUGGAUAUACGGAGAGUGCCUAAAGAGUACUUAAAGAAGGAGAAGCUGGCUGCCAUAUUUCCCACAGGCGAAGUGCUCAAAGUGCAGCCGGAUGGGUAUGCCCAGGUGAAGUUCCCAUCCAGUGAAGCACUGAUCAAAGCACUUAAGAAUCCUAAGUGCCGGACGAUUGAUAACCAAAAUCUGGAGUUCGCCGUUGCACUCGUUCCGAAGCGGAAACAUAACAAGCCUGCCUUCAAUACAAGUCAGAAUGCUGCCCCCAGCCCAAAGAACAAAAAGGCCAAGAAGGGAGGCAAUCUGCAAACACAAGAAGGCACGAAUACUGCAAAAAGGGAGACCCCCAACAAGCAGCCUGGUGGCCCCAGUCCUAAGGGCUCUCCCCAUACCCCUGCCCAGCAGAAGAAACAGAGGAAGAAAUCCAAGUCACCUGGUCAGCAAGGGGGACCCAAGAUGCCUGGGCAACAAAGGGGGGCUAAGACACCUGGUCAAAAGGGGGGACCCAGGACGCCUGGGCAGAAGGGUGGAUCCAACACACCAGGGGUACCCAGGACACCUGGGCAGCAGGCAGGACUCAAGACACCUAAGGGACCCAAGACACCUGGGCAACAGGGAGGACCUAAAGCACAAGGGCAGCAGGUGGGACCCCAUACACCUGGUCAAAAGGGACCCCAUACACCUGGUCAAAAGGGACCCCAUACACCUGGUCAAAAGGGACCCCAUACACCUGGUCAAAAGGGACCCCAGACGCCUGGUCAAAAGGGACCCCAGACGCCUGGUCAAAAGGGACCCUAUACACCUGGUCAGAAGGGACCCCAGACGCCUGGUCAAAAGGGACCCAAGACACCCGGGCAGAAGGGACCAAAGACACCCAAGGGAACACCUUUCCAGAAGUCGCCAGGACUGAAAGUUACUCCAGCCAUGGCUUGAGAGGGUUGGACUACGGUUUUUAACAACUGUGAAUAGAAAAGGGGCAAAUAGGGCGGGGUGAGGACCAGGGUUGCCACUGGUGGCUACUUUUUGCCAAAUUGGCGAAUUUGAUAGGCCCGUGGCGACCUAAAGUUAAUAUUGGCGACGUGGUCAAUUUUUGCCGAUUUUCGGCUUACGUCGCAACCAAGUUAUGCAUUCUAUACUCAGGGUGUCCAAAACGAAUUGACACUUUUUUAAUGUUUUUCGUAGUUUGAGAUCUAUUCGAAGAAGGCGGACUUUAAGCGCAAUUCAGUACAUCUGUACUGUUGCUCGAGUGCAUCUCCUGAAUUCAAAGAUCCUGCGAGCACUAGCGCACUGGUGCGUCCUUCACAAUUUUCUUAGCAAAAUUUAGGUCUGCGGACUGCUUCUCGUGCCGUGAAGCUGUGGUGUUAUACUACGUUUCUUGGGUACUUCAAGAGUUUUCUUCUGAAUUGGCUGGUAACAAUUAAGCCCCAUGUUACAACCAGAGCUCUAACUGUCCUGAAUAGCUUAUCAAUUUCACUGCUGUAGUACCCCCUGAUUUGGUAUGUAGAGUUUAACUUUAACAUAUUUUUCGGGCCGGUCAAGAAGUCGGCUUCUUUGUGUAGCCUUCAGAAACUGCAUUGAGAGAAAUGUGUAGCGUAAGCAUGACCUCAGUGUGGUGCGGGUAUUGCGAUGAUUACGCAGUACUUUUGAAUUUGUUUUUGUUACUUUGUAAUUAGUGUGUUCGAUUAUGGGACACAUGAUUGCCCUGCAAUGAAAUGCUCUAAAUUUGCAGGCAGGCCAUGCACACCUCCCUCUCUUGUAGUGACUGCCUCGCCCUGUACUAGCUGCAUCUAGAAGCAUCGCAAAUUUUUUGUUAUGAGGCGGUAGCAUUACGGCACUCUGCUGGUGUGUGCAUGCCGUAUCUUGGUAAGUUCUUCUAUGGUGAAGCGGUUGAUGUGACUGGCAUUGAGAAAUGUCGAUGUAAUUAAGGGGUUAUGGAUGGUACAUCACUCCUAGGGGCUAUGCAUGAUUAACAAUUUUUAUUAAAUGGCACACCACAUAUAUGUAGAGUGGCGACUUUGGCAAAGUUAGAAGAAAAAUAGCGACUGUUCGCUCGUGGUCUGGCAAAUUUCUCUCGAAAGUCAGUGGCAACCCUGGCGGGAACAGGGGGCACGUUUUUUUUUGCAAUGUAAAAUUUUGAAUGGUCCACUCUCAAAAGUAGCACCACAUAAUUAUUGCUGUGCUCAUUAUAGCUAUGUUUUAAUAUCAGUUUUUCAUCAGUGAUGAUAACUGCAUCAUCCAUACGUUGCACUUUUCAUUUGAAAGUGAAGAAAUAUGUGGUGUGGCUUCAGUACGGAUUAAGCCUUUUCUGCAUGGCCUUUUUGAUUUGACCAUGCAGAAAAUUGCCAUAAUCAGCUGACAUGAUAAUGUGAUCAAUACGGCCUGCCAUAGUUACACGAUGUUGUCUUUCAAUAAAGUACGACAACUCUGAGCUAUGCUCAA